AUGUCGUACCCAUACAAUGCUGAAUUUUUUGUACGUUAUCCCAAAUUCAAGGAGAGGGAUGAGAAAGAAAGAACUGUUGACCCACGAAUUGAGUUAGAAAAAAAAUGUGCAGUGAAAUGUGUUCGACCAGUGAAUGAAUAUCAAAAUUGUGUGAGUAGAGUAAAAGCUAGAACUGAUAACAAAGGGAAUUGCUUAGGGCAGUAUGAAGAAUUGUAUAUAUGUAUUGAUCAUUGCGUCGCUAAGGAUCUGUUUAAUUAUCUUGUUUAG